GCUCCACCACCUGUGCUGGGCCUGGGGCCCAAUCCAGCCCCCUCUGCCCGCCUCCGCCCUAUAUCAGAGCCUUGGCUCUGUGUCCGCUCCUGUCACGACGAGACAAGAUGCUCCGGCUGCUGAGCGCCCUCCUGCUUGUGGCCUUUGCCUCGGGCUCUGGUCGCCUUUCCCCCCCCUCCAGCCGUGUGGUCAACGGUGAGGACGCAGUCCCCUACAGCUGGCCCUGGCAGGUCUCCCUGCAGUACGAGGUGAGUGGGGCCUGGUACCACACCUGUGGCGGGACGCUCAUCAGGCCUGACUGGGUUAUCACUGCCGGCCACUGCAUCUCGAGCUCCCGGACGUACCGGGUGGUGCUGGGCGAGUACGACCGGGCAGUGACGGAGGGACCCGAGCAGGUGAUCCCCAUCAAUGCUGAGGACAUCUUCGUGCACCCGCGAUGGAAGUCCUACUGUACACCCUGUGGCAAUGACAUCACCCUCAUCAAGCUGUCGCACAGCGCACAGCUGACAGCCGAAGUGCAGCCUGCCCAGCUCCCUCCUGCUGGGGACAUCCUGGCCCAUGGGACGGAAUGCUACGUCACCGGCUGGGGCACCACCUCCACCGGCGGGUCACUCCCGAACAAGCUACAGCAGGCGCCUCUGCCCGUGGUGGACCACGCACACUGCGCACGGCUGACCUGGUGGGGUUUACUCGUGAGGAGGAGCAUGGUGUGCGCCGGCGGAGGCGACGUCUCUGCCUGCAACGGUGACUCUGGGGGACCCCUCAACUGCCCCACAGCAGAUGGCUCCUGGCAGGUGCACGGCGUGACCAGCUUCGUCUCCGCCAGCGGCUGCAACACUGAGAGGAAGCCCACAGUGUUCACCCGAGUGUCGGCCUUCAUUGACUGGAUUGAGGAGACCAUUGCAAGCCACUAGGACCAAGGCCCGGCUGCCCGUGCUGACCCCACGUCCUGUGUAAAGAAUAAAGAGC